AUGCCCGAGUCUCCUGUCAGUCCUGCAGCUGAACGUCAAACGGCAGCCAGCAGCCUCCUGAGCCGCACAGAGGAGCCGGCGGCUAAUGGGGACUCGUGCGGCGGCGUGAGCCGAGGAAGCUGCCAGAGUCUCCCCCACAAACAGGUUCUCCUGGCCAUGAUGUCUCCUCAGCAGGUGCAGCAGCUUCUCUCCUCCAACCAGCUGCAGAGGCUGAUCCAGCACAAGCAGCAGGCUCUUCUCCUGCAGCAGCAACAUCUGAAGGAGUUCUACAAGAAGCAGCAGCAGUUUCACCUGCAGCUGCUUCAGCAGCCGCGCAGGAAAGCCAAAGAGGUGAGAGUUUCUCUCAGCUGUGCGGAGAUGCAGCAGCUCUGGAAAGAGUUGACCAACGAGGCGACGGAAGACAAGACGUUGCUGAAGUCCGAACAGAACCAGCCACGUGGCGACACAAACCCGCCCCAGAAGAGGCCGACUGCUGAUCCGGAGUCUCUGGAGCGGACAGACAGCGCUCUGACCGCAGACCUCACUCGAGCUCUCUACGGGCACGGAGUCUGCACCUGGCCCGGGUGCGAGUCCGUCUGCGAGAGCAUCAGCCAGUUCACCAGGCACCUGAGCAGCGAACACACUCUGGACGACAGAAGCACAGCACAGUGCAGAGUCCAGAUGCAAGUGGUUCACCAGCUGGAGCUCCAGCUUUGCAAAGAGCGGGAGCGACUGCGGGCGAUGAUGGCUCACCUCCAUCUCCCGACCCUCGACUCUACGUCACCCCCUGCUGUUCCCUCGCCUCCCUCCGCUGACCUGCAGCCCUCACAGCUCAGCGACUCGACCCCACAGCCUCCCGUCACACUGACCCCCGGCGACGAGGACGACUCGCGCACCACCUCAGCUCUGAGGCGACGACAUCAUCCCUCAGUCUUCAGCCUGUCUUCAGAGAGCGAACUGAGCCUGUACAAGAACACGGACAUCAGACCUCCGUUCACCUACGCCACUCUGAUAAGACAGGCCAUCAUGGAGUCGACAGACAUGCAACUGACCCUGAAUGAGAUCUACACCUGGUUCACGCGCACCUUCGCCUAUUUCCGGAGGAACGCGGCGACCUGGAAGAACGCGGUGCGUCACAACCUGAGUCUCCACAAAUGCUUUGUCCGGGUGGAGAACCUGAAGGGAGCCGUGUGGACGGUGGACGAGCUGGAGUACCAGAGGAGACGGUCGCAGAGGGUCGCAGGGAGUCCGACCAUGCUGAAGAGUGUGUCCGCCAGUCUCGGCUUUGGCAGCGUUCUAGCCGCACGACUGCAGACUGCUCUGAAGGGGGCACCGCCACUGGACCUGAAGACAGAGUGUGCCAGCAGACAGAGGGGAACACCAGAGAACCCCGCUGACCCAGAAGGUCCACCUGAGCAGCAAUGCUUCAUCGGUGACAAAUCAGCGUGCCGGGCCGAGCGAGAGCGUCUGGUACCAGCUGUGACCCUGCAGCUGGACGUGGACCAGAACCUGUUUGACCUGGAGUGA